AUGGACUUGUGUGAAAGUGAGGAUUUGGAAAAGUUUUUGACGAAUGUGGACCGUAUAAGUGACCUGGUGAAGGAGUUGAACUCUAGUGAUUCGGCCACUCAGAAGAAAGCUGUGGAAAAGGCAGGUUGCCUGGUUGCCUCACUGGAAGCAGAGAAACCAAGCAAAAGCCACAUCAACAGGACAGUUAUUAAUCCAAAUCCCUCAUGUGUUAGCAAACCAGUGAAUGAAACUUCUGUACCCAGUGAAAGUCCAGAGAAUUUUAUGAAAGCUUUAGAAAAGGAUGCAGAGGAGAGGAGAAAGGCGAGACAAGUGAAAGAGAAGCAAGCAAAUGCUUUAAAAGAGAAAGGAAACAAAGCGUUUGCCUUGGGAGAUUAUGAGUUGGCUGUCAAGGUAUACACUGAAGGUCUAGAACAGCUUCGUAACAUGCCAGCCCUUUAUACAAACAGAGCUCAGGCCUUUAUCAAGCUGAAGAAGUAUAAGGAGGCUAUAAUUGACUGCGAGUGGGCCCUAAAGUGCAACGAUUCGUGUAUUAAGGCAUACGUCCACAUGGGAAGAGCACACCUAGGACUGAAAAAUUUUACUGAGUCGAGGCUGUGUUAUGAAAAGAUAUUGGAAAUAGCGCCAGAGCGUGAGACCCUUGUGAAAGCGUAUCUAACACAAGUUGAUUUGGAAGAAAAGAAGGUGCUUCAGGAAGAAGCAGCACUCAGGGAGUUGACCGAUGGAAAAGAAGAGGCCUUGGCCAUUCCUGAAUUGCUGACAAAGCUGAACAGACCCAAUGAGCACAACCUCUACUACUGCGGUGGAGUGGUGCUUCUCACACAAGCUGUUAUAGAUAGUACUGGGCAGACGCUAUUCCGAUUAAACAGUGGCUUUAGUGUCAUCGCUGGGAAUAACACAAUAAGAAGCUGUCUUGCGCAGAUUUCUAAAGAGCUGCACAGCGAAGAGCUAUGUCUUUCUGUCCUCAGAUUAUGGAUAAUGGUUUGCAGGGGGAAUGAGGAGAAUCAGCAGGUGUUACUGCAGUGUCUCAGCACAAGAGAACAGAUUGUCCAGUUGUUAAGCACAACGUCAUUAGCAGUCAAGCAGGAAUGUUUAAAUCUAGUCUCCAUGUACUGUCAGACCCAGCAUGGGAGACGCCUGGUCAUUGAAAACCUCGAUCUGCUCAGAAUGGUAGAGUUCCUGAUGGACUGCAUAUGCAAAGAGGACAAUUCAGGAACCACGGCCCUUGCUAUUUUGGAGAACUUGGCUGGAGAAACUAAGUUUCGAAUCCAGUCCAGAGAGAGCUUUACAAAGGUUUUCUCUCCUCCUUUUGAGCAUUUGCUGGAAAAUGUUGCAGCAUCGAGCCAGGACUUGCUGCCCUGCUUAAUUUCUGUAAUUGGGGCCAUGUCCGUGGAUGAAGUCAUUAUUAACAAGCUGGCAAGCCGUGAAGAAUUUUGGAAGAGCUCGUUCUGCGCCAUGGAGCGAUGUGCCAGCUGCGAAUACAGAAGGGUUCUCUAUCCUCUCCUGGGCCUGAUGAUCAACAUCGCCUCUCAUCAAAUUCCAGACAUUCAAGAGUAUUCUAUUGUGGGCUGUAGAAGAUGUGUGACUCUGCUCAGUGAUCCUGAUGGUGGGAUCAUCACGAGAGCAGCGGGAUUGCUAAGUGUGGUCCUCCCAAAAUCAUCUGCUGCCACUCAGGAAGUCGGGCAGCACGGCGUAGUGAAGAAACUGCUCAAGAUUCUCAAGCGAGGAGGGCAGACAAGCUCAAGAUACUCAAUUAAAGCUCUUGCAGUGUGCACUGCCUCUAGCCAGCAGGCCUGUGAAGAGCUGGUGAAGCUUGACAAGAGGCUGGUGACCAUGAGGAAGCUUCUGGGCAGCAGUGAUGACUUGGUGGUAGGGAAUGCUGCCCUGUGUCUAGGACACUGCUUAGCAGUACAGGGAGCUGCAGCCAGUCUCUUGGGCACCGAUUGCAUCAUGCUCCUGCUGAGCCAUGUGGCUGGCAAAUCUAAAAGAGUUGACGUGCAGCAGAAUGCCGCCAUCACUUUGGGGAAACUGUGCAGAGUUGAGCCCAGGCACAUGGUAAAACUCAGGGAGCUCAAUGGUGUGGAGAUCCUUCACUCCAGUAUGAAAGUGAUCACGUAA